AUAGAAACUUGCUUUCUCCCUCCAGUUAACACACAUAUAUAAAAACAAUACUCACUAGUCUUUUUCUGCUUCUUCUUAUCUUUUUUUGGAUAAAAAAUAUUUAGUUAAGAUUGAACAUCUUGAGAAUGGGAAAGAAAGAGCAGAAUGUUUCAAAAGAGAAACAAAGAGUUGAAGGUGUCCUUAACCUUCUCAGAAAGCAACAACCUCUCACUGUUAAACAGGAAAAGUUUAGCAACAAUGCUUGUAUAGAGAGGUUUUUGAAAGCGAAAGGCGACAAUGUGAAGAAAGCUACUAAGCAGUUACGAAAUUGUCUUGCCUGGAGAGAUUCUUUAGCCAUUGAUCAUCUAAUUGCUGAUGAAUUCUCGGUUGAGCUAGCUGAAGGGGCAGCUUAUGUUUCUGGACAUGAUGAUGAAUCAAGGCCUGUCGUGAUUUUCCGGAUCAAGCAAGAUUAUCAGAAGUUACACUCACAGAAACUGUUUACUCGGUUGUUGGUGUUUACAUUGGAGGUGGCAAUUCAAACCAUGGUAAAAGGUGUUGAACAAUUUGUUAUUCUCUUUGAUGCAAGCUUUUUCAGGUCAGCAUCAGCUUUUAUGAACAUGCUGCUGCCUGCAUUGAAAAUUAUCACAGACUAUUAUCCAGGCCGCCUUCAUAAAGCUUUUGUCGUUGAUCCACCUUCUCUUUUCACUUAUCUUUGGAAGGGAGUGAAGGCAUUUGUUGAUCUAGCACCACUUACCAUGACAGUAUCAUCACUUGACUUUGAUGAAUCUUUGGAGUUCAAUGACUUCAGUGCAUAUCCAAGAACACCAUCCCUCAGAUUCAACCCUUCUUCAACUCCUACCAAGAUUGGCUCAUGCUCCUCAUCAAGAUUUGCCUUCACAGUCUCCCAUACCUUUGACUCCAUCAAACCAUGGUCACUCACUUUAACUGACACGUCAUCCACAAAAGUAGGCCCCACUACCCUACUGGGUCCAGCCAUCUCACCACUCAAUGCUCGAUCCUACUCGUUUGCAUCACCUAUAGCCAGGACUCCACGUGGCAGCAUCGGAGCCGUUAAAAAAGGGUUCUUCCCUUCCACACCAUUGCCACGAAAAACACAAGAGUUAGAUCCAAGCAGCAAGAAUCAUCCAAGGACUAUGAAGCCAUCAUUUUUUCAAUCACCAGCUAUGUUCUUCAAGAAGGAUUGCCACGUAAGCAAGGCUGAAAAGUUUCGAGAGUUAUUUGUACCGUUGCUGAAGUUUUAUCGUCGACCGUACGAUGAGAUGACUUACAGGGCAAAGAUGAGACCUCCACUAGGUGGCCUAGUCUCCAUUGUCUCGCCGCACAUCAAACGCCAUCAUAUUUCACUCUCUCAACGGUUCUGAUAACAACUUACAGUACAUUAUUAUAUUAUUACUGACUGUAAACCUUCCUCACCAACUAAUAAUUGAUCAAUUAUUUCUCAAAAUUUUC